AUGAGAUAUUAUGCAGAGUAUUUGAGUCGAAUCAACAGUGUGUCUUUGAGCGUCGAAUCAGAUGAAUGUAUUGAAAAACUAGAUAUUGGCGGGCCGUCUAUACAGGUGCUCAACGAGGUGAUCGUUCUUCCGGCGCCCGUGCUUCCAGCCAGCGUUGAGCUGGGCAGUUCCAAGACGUCAUUGCGUCUGCCGUGCAGCACGAUUCAAGAGCACGAUAGAUCGAAUCAGUGGGCAAAGAACCCGCCCUGGACGGCAUCUGAGCUUUCGAGACAAAAGGUCGUGGUCAAAUGUCGCCACUGCGACCGCGUUCUGGCUAAAUCGAUAGCGGUGUGGAAACAGCUGCCGUCAGAGCACUGGGCCGAACUAAUGGACUUUUGGCACUGCCAUAAACCACACACCCACGGCGAGGAGUUCAACCCGGCAUAUGCGGUUAGUAAAUUCGAGCCGCAGCCAUCCCUGGCGUACGUCAGUGAUGCCUAUUUAUUGAUUCACCCCGACGACCUCGAUUCAUGCCCGCAUGUGUCUGGGGAGAAGGUUUGGAAGUGGGACGUCACCCUGAGCGGUGCACAGGUCGAGUCUUAUCCCACUCAGGUGUUUGCUGCAAGUAUGCUAUGUGAACUCAUUGACUCGCACGCUAUUUAUUCUUUCCAUCUCCACGACCCGGAUCAGCAGCUGCGGCUUCUCGUGUGGGUGUUUAACCGUGAUAUAUACUACACCAGCACAGGGCAAUUGCCAAAGCACGGUCUGAAAGUCAUGUAUUCUCUGGACCCUGCCCAAUUCCCCACCCUUUACCAGACGCGGGGGGACGUAGAGGAUGUUAUUCUGCCGCUGAAUGCGGUCUCGGAGCUCAGGCGAACUCUCGAAGAAUCCACCGCUAAACUUCCGGAAAAUGCGUCUCAAUUCGGGCCCUGGAAAAUCGGCCUGCUUGCUAACGAACUGUAG